AAGCAGGAGAUCAUGUUCGCGCUGACCUCCAUCAAGGGUAUCGGCCGCCGCUUCUCCAACAUCGUCUGCAAGAAGGCCGACAUCGACAUGAACCGCAAGGCCAGCGAGCUGUCGCCUGACGAGCUGGAGCGGCUGAUGACGGUGGUGGCGAACCCCGAGCAGUUCAAGGUGCCGGACUGGUUCCUCAACAUGAAGAAGGACUACAAGGACGACGGCAGGUUCUCGCAGGUCGUCUCCAACGCUCUCGACAUGAAGCUCAGGGACGACCUCGAGAGACUCAAGAAGAUCAGGAACCACCGUGGUCUUGAUUACUGGGGCCUCCGUGUCCGUGGCCAGCACACCAAGACUCGUGGAAAGACCGUUGGUGUCUCCAAGAAGCGAUAA